AGGGUUCAAGUCUUACCAGUGACAUCGGGAGACGUGGAGCAGCAUCUCCGGUCAGCGCUCGUGAACCGGCCUUAGCCGCGUUAGCCGCGUUCUCAUGCGGCUCAUGCGACGCGGUUUUCUGGCUGCCCGAAAUGGCCGGCGACGCAGUGCAGGUGAAUGUGGUGGUUGGUGGCAGGACAACAGCGUUCGCCUCCCGUUUGUCAGACCAGCGCUUUGAAGGGUAUGUCAACCCAGAAGCAUAUAUUCUACCCAAAGGACAGAUCAAAUCCUUGCGGAGCCCCUGGGCGGAGACCGUGGAGGACAUCCACCAAGCGCUCCGGUGGUUCCGCGGCAACGCGAGCCGGCAUCGGAACGUGGAGAGAAGGAAGGCGCAUCGCUUCCGUGCUGGAAGCCGCCGCCAUGUCACGAGGUCACCGACCUUUGAGAGGCAGAUCUCACAGAAUGUGAGCUACUUCUUGGAACAGCUGGAGACGGCGGGAACCAUGCUGUCGGGCAGCUACGUGAACAUUGGCGCCAACGAUGGCCUUUCGGAUGAUCCCCUGGCACACUAUGCACGCUCCGAGAAAGUGAAGGCCGGCGGAGGGGCUUUGGCCAUUGAGGCAGACGAGGAGCUGUGUGCAAAGCACAGAGUGAAUCUUCCUUGGGUGAAGUUGGUGUGCUCAAGGGUUUCGACUCAGAAUCUGAAGCUGCUUUUGUCCGGAUUUCCGCCAUCUGCGCGCUCUGACCUCGAUGUUCUGAAGGCACAUGCAGCACUGCACCACAUGGUAGACAUCGACUCCUAUGAUGGGCCGAUCAUCAAGGAAUGUCGAGCUCAGCGUUUGCGACCAAAGAUUCUUCAAGUGGAAAUCAAUGCCGGGAUCCCUCCGCCUUUGCAAUUUGCUUUGCUGGACUCACCGCAAUUGCGAGAAACAGAUUCCAGUGUGGAACUGCUUGGAGUCUUCUCAGAGAAGCUGCCCAUCAAUGCUCCCAUCGCAGGUGUGUCCCUCUCAUACCUUGUUCGUCAACUUGCCCCAGAAUACGUCUUGAUGGACAUUGCGAGCCCGGAUGCCAUCUUCCUAAGAGCUGACAUCGCCAGAGACAUGGCACUGAACCCCUUGGAUGAGUUCGAUGCCUUUGCGCGGGCUUGGUCUGACGUCCAUGGCUUCCAUAGACAAACUUUGAGGCGAUGGGUGUUUGAGCUGGACGAAGUGGAGCUACUUGGGGAGGUCUUUGACUUCUUGUCGAACUGGAUGACUUCACACCUUGGUCGAUUGAUGCCCUUCACGCUGACCAUUUGACCACCGAUUGGACGUCAACGCUUUCAGCGAUCCUUUGCAGCGCAGCUGACCUCUCGGAUGGACGCAAUCAGGUGGCGAAGGCGGCAUCGUGGUAGUGGUCGAGUCUGAGUGGGUCGCCUUCGCGCACCGAAGCCUUGGGGCCAGCUUUCGGGCCAGUGAUGGGCGGGAUGAGCUAGGGAUGAGCUACGCAAGUGGCACGACCGCAGCUGCGCCGCUCGCGGCAG